CUCGCGAGAGACGUCGUGCUUGCUUGACGAGAUCUGAGGGGCGCAGGUGUAAGCGCUCUUCUUACCCAAGCCGCAGGAAACAGCAGACAGAUAAGGGUGACUGAGAGACUGCAGGCAUCGCCGUGUGAUCUUGCGACUGAAAGGAGUACGCAAAGCUUCACGCGAUUGCAUCACUGCUGGACAAACCAGGACCGAUAUAUAUAUAUUUUUUUCCUUCUCCUGAGCACUUUAUUUCUUUUGGGUAUCUGCAAAGAUGAUGUCAAUGAACAGCAAACAGCCACAUUUUGCCAUGCAUCCUACCUUACCUGAACACAAGUACACCUCCCUGCAUUCCAGUUCGGAAGCAAUAAGGAGAGCUUGUCUGCAAACUCCACAGUUGCAGAACAACAUCUUCGCCAGUCUGGAUGAAACUCUCCUGGCACGCGCCGAAGCCCUCGCGGCCGUGGAUAUCGCUGUGUCUCAGGGCAAGACCCUUCCUUUCAAGCCCGACAUAUCUUACCACACGAUGAACGGCGUGCCAUGCUCUUCCGGCUCCACAGUCCCGCUUGCCCAUCACCACCACAGUCACCAUCACCACCACCAGAAUCUAGAACCACCGGACCUAUUGGACCAUAUCAGCUCGUCCUCUCUGGCCCUGAUGGCCAGCGGACACGAUGGGACAGGAGGCGGUGGCGGAGGAGGCGCCGCAGGGUUGAUCUCUACCUCUGCUCACCCUCAUUCACAUAUGCACGGCUUGAGCCACAUGUCCCAUCAGACCAUGAAUAUGAAUUCACCUCUGACCCACCACGGACUUUUACCCGGACACCACGGAGUUCCGCAGAGUGCAACUGGACUUACUAGUAACGGACUUUCCGCAAUUAACGAUUCAGACACGGAUCCUAGAGAACUGGAGGCUUUUGCAGAGCGAUUCAAGCAAAGGAGAAUUAAACUCGGAGUGACUCAAGCGGACGUCGGUUCUGCGCUUGCGAAUCUAAAAAUCCCGGGUGUGGGCUGUCUAAGCCAAAGUACCAUUUGUCGAUUCGAAUCAUUAACUCUUUCACACAAUAACAUGAUAGCCCUAAAACCUAUCCUUCAGGCUUGGCUAGAAGAGGCCGAGGGGGCCCAGAGAGAAAAAAUGAGCAAACCUGAUAUUUUGAACGGGGGUGAAAAAAAACGGAAGAGGACAUCAAUAGCGGCCCAAGAAAAAAGAUCUUUGGAAGCUUACUUUACUGUUCAGCCUCGACCGUCGUCAGAGAAGAUAGCAGCUAUUGCAGAAAAACUGGACCUAAAAAAGAACGUGGUGCGAGUGUGGUUUUGCAACCAAAGACAAAAACAGAAGCGGUUAAAAUUUUCUGCUGCGCAUUAACUGACUGAAAAGUAGAUACCUUUGUCUUUCUUAAGUUUAUUUCUACUGCAUUUUGGGACCAAGGAACAUACAUAUGGAUAUCGUAUUCGGUCUUCCUGCCAUGGAAGGGUGCAAACACGGCGAUAGUUAUGAAAUUACCGGAUUUAUGAGGCUUCGUAUUUCUGACAGUUAUUCUUGCGUUAUUAGACAAUGCAUUAUGCAAAUAAACGGCAAUUCAGACCAGGCCUAUAGUUCUUUCUGAAAUGGUUAGAUUGAAAACUACAGUCUACGCCUGAUUCCGACAUUGCCUUUUGAAAGCCUUAAUCAGAAUUUAUUAAUUUUCUUAUUUUGGCAAUAGCCUAUCUUAACUUAAAAAUCGUUUUAGAUAAUAAAACAGCCAUCAAUUGGUUAUGUCAUUAUUUUAUAGGUCUGCUUUUGCUGUUUUUGUUCCCUUUAGACUCUUGUUAGACGAAUGCAUUUGACAAUUGCUGUGUUUGUGUAAUUUUAGAAACAUGUCACUGUCCUCUGUCUGGCUCGAAUUUAUGGCUUCAACACACACAUAGCCUUAAAUCGAUGUUCCAACGGUCUGCACGAUUUAAAAGAAAGAAA